AUGUCGAUGGAAACCAGGAGCAAGCGAUCAACCCCGAUUCAGGAGCCUAUUGAAACCCUUCAGGGUCAUAGGAGCUCAGGCGUCGCGGGUCAGCUUACUAUGGGAGACUCCAGACGCGGCAGACUCAACCCCAAAUCGGGUGCAGCGACGUCGAAGGAUCAGAAGGGCAAGUCGGGUUCAGCGACAUCGAAGGAUCAGAAGGGCAAGUCGGGUGCAGCGACGUCGAAGGAUCAGCACCAACCCCCCACCCUUGCAGAAAGGCAAGGGGGCGUGCGUGGUGGUAGACAGAUUAAGGCAAAAGGUUUUCCACCCGUCAAGCCUCAAUCCGAAGGCCGUCAACUCGACGCACCUCCAGGACUCAAAAGUGUCCUUCGCCUUGCAAAUAGCACUAUGAAAAAGAAGGCUAAAGCCUCUAAGCAGGCUAAAGCCUCUAAGCAGGCUAAAGCGUCUGAGCAGGUUGAAGAGCCUGAGCAGGUCGAAGAGGCUGAGCAGGUCGAAGAGGCUGAGCAGGUCGAAGAGUCUGAGCAGGCUGCAGCGUCUUCUAGCAACGCACCUGUAGCUCUUACUGAGCAGCAGAUCGAGGAGCAGAAGAAGGCUGAUGCAGAGAAGGCGGCUGCUUUGAAGCAGUUGAAGACUGAUCUGAUGGCCGAGGCUGUGAAGCUCAUCAGUGUGCAGACUUUGCAGGAAGCAAGGGAAAUUCUCCUCAAUAUCCAGCAGAUGGCUCUUCAGCGUGCUGCAACCGACAUUGCUGUCAAAAUUGAUAGCUUGUCCGAUGAAGACAAGGCGAAGGCAUUUAGCAGCAUCCAACGAAGAAUCAACUUCUUGUCCAACAAACCACGCACUCCUAGGAAGGGGCGCGAAGCGGCAGGGGGUGGAGACAAUGAGCGCAGAGUUGCAAAGAGGAAGAUCGUGGCUAGGAAGGACUCCGACCAUUCGGAACCGGCCGCUCAUCGCGUCGUCGUUCGUUUUGACUCUGAGUUUAUUACGAUCAAAGAAGAUGGAAAGGCACUUGGGUUCAAGCAAAAUGGGAUCAACGUGCUCUCGCACUGCUUGAAUAAGGACAGUGUCUCCAUCCUCAGGCUUCUUGUAUUGUCCAUGCUGAAGAGAACCGUCUACGCGAAUUUCAAAAUUCCCUUGAGUUAUUUUUCACCAGAGGAUGGGGACUUCACUCCUGCUAUCAAGGCUGUCGCAAAACCCCUUAUUGAGGGUGGGGAAGCAAAGACUUUCCUUAGACUCGAGUAUAACCUCAACAACCUGUACAUCACUCUGCAGCCUCUCGACUUCAAGGUCUUCCAUAUGUCUACCCUGGUCAAUCGUGAGAUGAUCAAGGCCAGUGAUGAGGUGUGGGAAAAAGCUCUUGAACUUCAGGGGGAUGACAAUGAUGCAGUGGCUGAUGCAUCCACCGAUAAGUCGAAGAGGCGACUGGGGAAGCCUGUAGCGGAAGGGAAUGUCACGCUUUACAACUUUAUCAAGGCGGCCCUCCCUAACCUUAGGUACGAAAAGAGACCGUCCGCCCCCUGCAUGAUGUGCAUGAUCGUCAACUCGAUGAUUUCCGUCAAUGUUGACAAUGUAAACAGACAUCGCCAGGCAUGGUGCUGCUGCAAUCAGACGGACUUGGCUGUCUUGAGGUGUCCUUUCAAGGACACAACCAUCAACUUCACCAUCUGCACCCAUUACAUCACCCUUCUUCACACGGAGAAGUGCGAUAACAACGGUGUUAUUACCUGGUGGGAGAAUGAGAACCUUCUUCAGACGCUUAUCGAAGAUUUCCUUCUUAUGGACGGACCCGAAUCCGACAUGCUGUACGCAAGCAACAGCUUUGUCCCUGUCAGGGCUGAAAUCACCGAUUGUAACUGCAACCAACGGUGGAUCAAGUUCAACCCCGAGAAACGGGCCAACAAGGAAGGAAAGCUCAAAAAUCUUGUGGCUAGAUCCAAUCUGCUUCAGCCAUUCGAGGAGAAGGACGGCGACAAGCACGGUGAGCUCAAUAAGUUGUUCAACCAAUACUUGGUGUCCUUAUUGAAGAACCCGAAGGGCAUGACCAGAAACCCCGUCAUGGCCAACAAGAACAAGAACAAGGGAGGUCCAAGGCCGGAGGUGCAGGAGAAGGAGAUCCGCUCCGAGCAAGAUAUCCCCAAGCCCCCCCGGAAGAAGCAGAGGAGGAUCGAUUUUUCUUCUGCUCUUGCUGUUGCUGCUUCUGCUGUUGCUGCUUCUGCUGUUGCUGCUUCUGCUUCUGCUUCUGCUUCUGCUGAUCAUGCUUCUGCUGAUCAUGCUGCUGCUAUCGCUGAAGAGAAGAAGCGUGCCGAUGAGGCACAGGCAGAAAACGCAAGGUUGAAAGCUAUGCUUGACCAGCUCAAGGCUCAGAUUGCCGCGUCUGCGGAUGGACCUGUGUCUGGACCUGUGUCUGGACCUGUGUCUGGAGCUGUGGUUGAGGCUGAUGCUGCUUCUGCUGCUGAGCCUGUGGCUGCUGAGCCUGUGGCUAAUGCCGAGGCUGAGGCUAAUGCCGAGGCUGAGGCUAGCCGUUCGUCUAGGAAGCGUAAGGCGGAUCUUCGCGAUGUGCCUAAGAAUCCCAAGGAGUAA